AUGUCACCCGAAAACACUCUCAAACCAGGCAGCAUGGUCCACCCGGGCCUCACCUCCGGUGACUACUCCGGCCACCUCGACUGCCGACCACAUACCGGCUUCGUCGCCACUCUCGCCCGCGUGGACGGCCAUGUGUACUCCCUUGCCACCAGCGGCGGCCACCUCUACACGGGCUCCAGUGGCAAGAGCAUCCACGUGUGGCGGGACUUCCGCCUGGUCUCCUCCUUCACUUCCGACAGCGGCCUCGUCAAGUCCAUUGUCAUCUUUGAAAACACCGUCUUCACGGGCCACCAAGACGGCAAGAUCCGCAUCUGGCGGGCCGACAACCCCGGCAGGCCCCACCGUCGGGCCGGCACAUUGCCCGCCCUGCUCGACGUUCUCCGGGCCUCGGUGAGGCCCAGAGGAGGCCAUGUGGAGGAGGCAAGGCGGCGGAGCCGCCGCCGCUCGCCCGUCUGGGUCCAGCACGCCGACGCCGUCUCGUGCCUCAGUAUGAGCCUGGAAAGCAAUGGUUGUGAUCCCCGUGUGCUGUACUCGGCCUCGUGGGAUGGGACAUUCAAGGCGUGGAGGGUCGGGCCCGGGCCCGCGAGGUGCAUGGAAUCGGUUCGGGCCCACGACGACGCGGUGAACUCGGUGGCGGCGGGGCCCGGAGGGGUCGUCUACACGGGGUCGGCGGACGGGACGGUGAAGGCGUGGCGGGAGAGGGACGGGAGGCACGUUUUGGCCGGAAUUUUACUCCGGCGUGAGGCGGCUGCGGUUACGGCGGUGGCAGUGGGCGGCAGAGAUGGGGUGGCGGUUUACGCGGGGCUUUCGGACGGGACAGUGGAGUUUUGGGAGGCGGGGGAGAAGGGGACGACAUGGGCCCACGGAGGGGUGUUGAGGGGCCACGGGAUGGCGGCGGUGCUGUGCCUGGCGGCUGGCUGCGGCGGGAGGCUGGUGAUGAGCGGGUCGGCGGAUGGGAGGAUUUGCGUGUGGCGGCGAAGGGAGGAAGGUGUGGGAAAAGGGCACGAUCUCUUGUCGGUACUGAAGGGGCAUGCGGGGCCCGUCAAGUGCCUGGCGGUCGAGAAGGAUGUGGAGGAGGGGAGGUGGAUGGUGUACAGUGGGAGCCUCGACAAGUCGGUGAAGGUGUGGAGCGUGUCGGAGAUGUAA